CUCCAUGGAACCACCGGUAUGUAUCUCUUUCCCUCUCAUCUACAUGCUUUAUUUAUAUGCAUCUCCAUUAUGCAUGCUUCAUAAUUAAUCGUUCAUCGUAAUGUAUAUAUCUAUAGGUGAGAUUUUAUGCGAGGAUUUGACAAAGAAUAAUUGCUCAUUUGCAAUCUCAUCUUCUGGAAAGAGAUGCGUGUUGGAGAAUUUCGAAGAUAAGAAAGGAAAAGUGGAAUAUCAAUGUAGAACAUCGGAAGUGGUGGUGGAGAUAUUAUCAGAGUACAUCGAGACAGACGAAUGCAUUAGAGCUUGUGGCGUUGAUAGAAACGCUACAGGUAUUUCAUCCGACACUUUGCUCGAUAAAAAAUCCAUCGUCACACUCUGCUCACCUGCGUGUUAUCAGAAAUGCCCUAACAUCAUCGAUCUUCACUUCAAUUUGGCCCUCGGUGAAGGAGUAUCGUUGCCGGAUUUGUGUGAACAACAGCGUAGCGACCCUGAUUGUAACAUGAUCGAUCUUCUAAGCUCGAGUGCUGCAAGUGGUCCGGUGGGUAGUGGAACGCAUCGCCUGUUUAGUGCAGCACCAGCCCCUUUUUCGUUCUAAGACAUUUGGUUAUAUAUUGUGUUGGUGUAUACAUCCGAUAUAUACGUGUGUGUGUGUGUGGGUUGUUUGAAAUUUUGUAAUAGAUUGUUAUCUGGCGGAAUAAUUAGCAAACUAGAGAAAGUAAAUAGACGCAUAUACAUCACUUGGUCUUUUUCAUUGAUCAUUUGAAUCU